AUGAGUUCCCUCCGAUUUCUUGACUUGGUCAAGCCGUUCGUGCCGUUCCUCCCUGAGGUCCAGCAGCCGGAGACCAAGAUCCCCUUCAACCAGAAGAUGAUGUGGACUGCUCUGACACUUCUGAUAUUCUUGGUCAUGAGCCAGAUGCCCCUGUACGGCAUUGUCUCGUCAGACAACUCCGAUCCUUUAUACUGGCUGCGAAUGGUCAUGGCCAGUAACCGAGGAACAUUGAUGGAAUUGGGUAUCACCCCCAUUAUUUCUUCUGGCAUGGUCUUCCAGCUCCUUGCUGGCACCCACAUGAUUGAUGUCAACCUCGACCUCAAGUCCGACCGCGAGCUUUACCAGACAGCCCAGAAGCUCUUCGCCUUCAUCCUGUCCGCUGGUACCGCCACCGUCUACGUCUUCACUGGCCUCUACGGUCCUCCCUCCGACCUUGGCGCCGGCAUUGUCUUCCUGCUGAUUCUUCAGCUUGUUGUUGCUGGCAUGAUCGUCAUUCUCCUUGAUGAGCUUCUCCAAAAGGGCUACGGUCUUGGCAGCGGCAUCUCCCUGUUCAUCGCCACCAACAUUUGCGAGUCCAUCAUGUGGAAGGCCUUCUCCCCUACCACAAUCAACACUGGCCGUGGUCCCGAGUUCGAGGGAGCCGUCAUUGCCCUCUUCCACCUGUUGAUGACCUGGCCCAACAAGCAGCGCGCUCUCCAGGAGGCUUUCUACAGACAGAACCUGCCCAACAUCAUGAACCUCCUGGCUACCAUCUUGGUUUUCGUCGCCGUCAUCUAUCUCCAGGGUUUCCGCGUCGAGAUCCCCGUCAAGUCUUCCCGCCAGCGUGGUGCGCGCGGCUCUUACCCCGUCCGCCUGUUCUACACCUCCAACAUGCCCAUCAUGCUGCAGUCCGCUCUGUCCUCCAACGUCUUCCUGAUCAGCCAGAUGCUGUACUCACGCUUCUCUGAGAACCUCCUCGUCCGUCUUUUCGGUGUCUGGGAGGCCUCAGAUGGCUCUGCUCAGCUUCACGCCGUUUCUGGUAUCGCCUACUACAUGUCUCCUCCUCUCAACUUCAAGGAUGCCCUUUUGGACCCCAUCCACACCGCAGUCUACAUCAUCUACAUGCUCGGCGCCUGUGCUCUCUUCUCCAAGACCUGGAUUGAGGUCUCCGGCUCCAGCCCCCGCGAUGUUGCCAAGCAGCUCAAGGAUCAGGGUCUUGUCAUGGCUGGCCACCGCGACCAGAGCAUGUACAAGGAGCUGAAGCGUAUCAUUCCCACUGCUGCUGCCUUUGGCGGUGCCUGCAUUGGUGCUCUUUCUGUCGCCAGCGAUCUCAUGGGUGCUCUUGGCUCCGGAACCGGUACCCUUCUCGCUGUCACCAUCAUCUACGGAUACUUCGAGAUUGCUGCCAAGGAAGGCGACCUUGCUGGCAUGAAGGGCAUGAUCAUGGGCUAA